AUGGAAGAACUCAGUUUUCGCCUGGCGAGGCUCAGUGAUUUUGAUGAGAUUGUAAGUUUAUCCAAAGGAAUUUAUAAAGGGCACGACUACCUACCUAUUGAGUUUCACAAAUGGAUGAAGAUGGAAAACAUGGCAAUCAUGUUGGUUCUUUCUGGUGACAAAAUAGUUGGUUCAAGAGCCGCUUAUAUUAUAGAUGACGGGAAGACGUACAUUAGAAGAGCUGGGCGCGUCCUUCCAGAGUUCCGUAAACAAGGAAUCAGCCAAAAGCUCUCGGAUGCAUUGGAUGAAUAUGUGCGCUUUAGCUUCCCAACUGUUGAGCGAAUGCGUUUCGUGUCAAAAUAUAACAAAUUUAGCGACAGUUUGAGAUUAAAGAAAAUUCUACAAUUUGAAGUCUUGUCCUAUGACAUUGACGAAGAGGAGUACCGUGAAUCCCAAACAUGGAAUGAAGAAUCAACUGAGAUUGCCACUUGUACUAAAGAUUACAUUUCAAAUGUUUUGUUUUCUAGUCGUGUGGUCGAACAAUUGUUUCCAGACAAUAUUCUCCUGUAUGAUCGAGUGCCAGUCGAGCCUUGUAGUUCAAACUUUGAGCAUAUUGUGCAAGAGUUUGACAGUCUCACAUUUUGCACAGAGAAGAACCCAGCCAGCUCUUCGCCUAAAUCAUUCAGCUUCGGCGGUGUCGCUCAAAGAGUUGAAUAUGUUCACUGGACAACUUAUAUUUACACCAGAGACGUGAGCCUGUACAAAGAGCAUUUGAUGUUCCAAUUCAAACUUGCUUGCAAAUCUAUCAAAAGUCGUUUCAUAUUCGUAUCAUCAGUAAUGAGUGAAAGUAUGAGCGCGCAGGGAAGGAGUUUGAUGGAAGAGAAAUUGCAUCUGAAAGUGUCAGACAAUAUCAGCGAGAAGAGAUUGAAUAUGUAUGAGUUGGAUUUAGUACAACAGAACGUCACUGAAAUUUAG